UGCAUAUAAAAGCGAAAGGGCUCCCCUCGGCACAAACGCUCCGCUGAGAUAAACAAACCCCAAACCCUAGGGAGAACGAGCCGGCGAAGCCAGAGCUUCGAGAUCCUCCGUCCAGGCGGCCGCAGCUCGCGAAAUGACUUUCAAGCGCAGGAACGGAGGCCGCAACAAGCACGGCCGCGGCCACGUCAAGUUCAUCCGCUGCUCCAACUGCGGCAAGUGCUGCCCUAAGGAUAAGGCAAUCAAGAGGUUUCUCGUGAGGAACAUUGUCGAGCAAGCUGCUGUCAGGGAUGUCCAAGAAGCUUGUGUCUAUGACAAUUAUACUCUUCCGAAGCUGUAUGCGAAGAUGCAGUAUUGUGUGUCGUGUGCCAUCCACUCCCAUGUUGUGAGGGUUCGAUCUCGCACGAAUAGGAGAAACCGUCAGCCUCCGCAGCGCUUCAUCAGACGUCGUGACGAUGCGCCAAAACCUGGUCAGCCUGGUCAGGCACCUCGUGUUGGAGGCGCCCCUCCCCCUCGGGCCUGAGGCAAAAACCGAACCUACUCUUGCAGAAUGCCAUGUGCUCUUGAUUGCUUGCAUGACUUUUUAGGACAAAUUCUUUUUUCUUUGUUUGAAAGUUUUGAUGUUGGAUUGGGGCUACCCGUCUGUACUGCAUGAGGAUUAUAUUCCUCUUCUUCCAA